CCGGAAAAGAGCGCCAUCUAUUACUGACAGUUUUUGAGUUUGAUUUGAAGGAGAAGCGAUAGAAUACCAUGCCAGAUAUUUUAAGGUAGUUGGUAUAGUAUUUUACAUUAUGCUCAUUUAGAAACCACAUUCACAUUAAUUUUUAUAUCCGCUAACCCCUGUGGAAGAUGUUUGGCAAAACAAUGAAAAACUAUUUAUUUGUGCGUUGACGAGUCUGUCGGUCUCUAUCUCCCUCUCCACCUCUCUUUCUCCUUUUCACGCUCUCUCUCUAUCUCUCUCGCUCUCUCUCUCUCUCUCUCUCUCUCUCUCUGAUCUCAACAACUUUAACCUCAUCCAAUUUCUCAGUCGCCUAUCUUACGAGACGUUAAUUGGCAACAAAGUAAGAUACCUGGCUGUAAACUUAAACGUGCCGACUUUAUCCCAGGUAGGUAGCCCUACUAUAUACUUUUAGUCACCAUCCCAGCUCAGACAUAUUUAGGUAGCCGUAAUGAUUUUCGUCACUCUCCCAGUUCAGGUAUAUUUAGGUAGCCCUAUUACUGUUCGUUACCACCCCAGGUCAGGCAUGUUUAUGUAGCCCUAUUACUGUUCGUCACCACCCUAGUUCAGACAUGUUUAGGUAGCUCUAUAUUGUUUUCUCCUGUCCAAGCGUUGCAACUAGUACGAGAACCGUGACCCCUCAAACAUGGAACGUAAGGGAAACCCAGCAAACAAGAUCGACUUAGCCAAGAACAAGACGGACGCACCAACCAUCUCCAACAAAUCAGUUUCAACAGGAGCGUAUCAAUACGAUCCAGGUAUUUAAGGCUUAUGGGAAAGGAACGAAAAGAAAAAAUUUCGGGGGAGUGGAAGGAGUGGGAUGGUUGGGAAAAAAGGGAGGGGGGCGCAAACGACGUUGCUCCACUUUCCUGUCAUUGGCUACUGCUGUGGUUUGGGUUAGGCUAUGGACUGGAUGAAUAUAAGGUAAAGUGAACGGAACAAGGUCCCUAAUCCCUACUCAACCUAAUUGAAUCUAGUUUAGGAACAUCAAACAGGAGUUAGAGACUUGCCCGACACUGCCCAAAAAUUGUGGUGUGUGUGUUCAAGGACAGACUUUUCGGCUAUACACAAAUUCAGACAAAUCUGGACUGUUUAUUUUAAAAUGGUAUAAUUGUAAAGACUGUAAAACCUGUAUUCAAUAUUGUCUCAAAUAUGGCCCAUUUGUCUCAAGUAUGGUCCAUAUGUUUCAAAUAUGGCCCAUGUGUCUCACGUAGGGUCCAUAUGUUUCAAAUAUGGCCCAUUUGUCUCAAGUAUGGUCCAUAUGUUUCAAAUAUGGCCCAUGUGUCUCACGUAGGGUCCAUAUGUUUCAAAUAUGGCCCAUGUGUCUUUAACAUUUUACAAUAACAGUAUUAGCCUACUGCCUCGGCCAGUCGGCGUAUGUUAGUGGAUACUAUCAUGAAGCUCCUUUAGAAUACUUGUAAAACACAUGACAGCACAAUAAGAUGUACCAUUGCAAUUGUGGCACCGGAAGUUAAUACAAUUGCUAUUGCAACACCGGAACUCAAUCCUGUUGCAAUUGUAACACCGGAAGUUAAUACAAUUGCUAUUGCAACACCGGAACUCAAUCCUGUUGCAAUUGUAACACCGGAAGUUAAUACAAUUGCCAUUGCAACACCGGAACUCAAUCCUGUUGCAAUUGUAACACCGGAAGUUAAUACAAUUGCCAUUGCAACACCGGAACUCAAUCCUGUUGCAAUUGUAACACCGGAAGUUAAUACAAUUGCCAUUGCAACACCGGAACUCAAUCCUGUUGCAAUUGUAACACCGGAAGUUAAUACAAUUGCCAUUGCAACACCGGAACUCAAUCCUGUUGCAAUUGUAACACCGGAAGUUAAUACAAUUGCCAUUGCAACACCGGAACUCAAUCCUGUUGCAAUUGUAACACCGGAAGUUAAUACAAUUGCCAUUGCAACACCGGAAUUCAAUCCUGUUGCAAUUGUGGCACCGGAAGUUAAUACAAUUGCCAUUGCAACACCGGAACUCAAUCCUGUUGCAAUUGUAACACCGGAAGUUAAUACAAUUGCCAUUGCAACACCGGAACUCAAUCUUGUUGCAAUUGUGGCAACGGAAGUAAACACUAUUGUAAAAGGAACAUAACCAAUGCUGUCUUUUCCUUCAGCAGGCCCAACGGUUUAAUCCCAAAAGGUGUAUUCUCUGUAGUAAGAUACUGCAAUGUUUCAUCCUAUUCUGGGAUAAUGCCCCGCAUGAACUUUGACCUUAUGUUUAGUUGUUUGUUUGCUGGCGUAUUUACGAUCUGAUGUUUUUUUUUUAGAGAUGACGCCUAAUCUGGUGUAAAAUAUUUUUUUUUAAUAAAGACACCUUCUAACACUAAAAGUUUUUCUCUUGUCACAACAAUUAUGUCACACUAACGUAUAUUUUGAUGACGCAGUGUAGCUGACACCUGUCACACUAACGUAUAUUUUGAUGGUCCAGUGUACCUCAGAUCAACCGUGUCAUUCAGAAAUAAAUGCCGGAAUGUGACGGAAACAGCCGACAAGGGCAAUUCUUCAGACAACUCUCCAGAGCCAAACUUGGGUAGAGAUAACUCUUUCAUUUAUUAUUUCUCGCAUUCUGAAAAAAAAAAUAGUCCAAAUUAAUAAGUUGCUCAUUAGUGGGACUGUGAAGUAACAAGCCUCUCAAUUCUAUGGUAUUUUAUUGUCCUACAAAUUCAUGACAUGAAUAUCAGCGAUUAUGUUGUUCGUGUAGUCAGCAAGUUGUCUAGUGCAAUUUUUUUUUUUUUUGUUUGGCGGUUUGUAGACGUCGUCUUACCAUUAUCGCAUUCCAUAUGAAAACUAUAGGGAUAAGUAGACAUAUUUCGAUAAAGAUUUCUCUAGAUGAAUGAUAAUUUAUCUUAUGCUAGGUUCACACGGUCAAAUUUUCGUCAAAUUUGGUAAAUUGGCUUCAAAUAUUUCGUCAAAUUUGGGGAAACGAAAUAGUGCGUUCAAAAACUAUUGGACGAAAAUGUGAUCGUGUGAACUUAGCAUAAUACGAAAAAGAAAAUAUUUAACCCAAUUUUUAUGAAAUCUGUCGUUCUUAAAGAAUGGUUGUGACAAGCAAUGCGGUAGGACCAUAAGGACACAUUAUUAUGUAUUAAUGCGCUGCACAUUCUUAAAAAUACCACAACCUUAAAUCAGGUAACGAGCUGCUUGUGACCAAGAAAUGCAAGUGGCCGUUGCUGGAGAAGAAAGCAAAGAUCAAGGUCAGGCAGCACCUGAACAGCGCCCAGAGCCGACUGCAGCGGAAAGAAAACAAGACGGAGAAACGCAGCAGCUUCACCACAACAACGACAGCCAGGACUGGACCGGGUGCAAGAGGUGGCCAUAGACAAGAAGG